CGCACUGUUUUUGGGAGAGGGGCGAAGUCAAUUAUAUUUGUUUGACUUCAAUACAAAAAGAUUUUUUUUUUGAGUUUUUGUCUUGAGUUCCAGAAACCUCAUCGGUAUCCAAACGAAUCAAAGUCUUAAAAAUAUAGGGAAAUCAAAAUUAUCUGUUGAAGAUUGCGUCACUGUACUGACCUAGCUUUAUCAGUUCACCAUUUGAAUCGAUUUGGGUGAAUGUUUUUAAAGGGGAGGAAACUAGGGUUUGGGUGAUUGGGGCAACGGCGAAGUUCAGAGGAGACGCGAAUAAGAUGCAGCAACCUCCGCAGAUGAUUCCCAUGGUUCCUUCAUUCCCUCCGACAAACAUCACCACCGAACAGAUCCAAAAGUACCUCGAUGAGAACAAAAAACUGAUCAUGGCGAUUUUGGAAAAUCAGAACCUCGGGAAACUUGCGGAAUGCGCUCAGUAUCAAGCUCUUCUCCAGAAGAACUUGAUGUAUCUGGCUGCAAUUGCCGACGCUCAACCUCAGUCCUCCGCUCCACCACCUGCCCCGGCCGUGGCUCCCCAGAUGGCUCCUCAUCCCGGAAUGCAACCACAAGGCUACUUCAUGCAACAGGCACAACCCGGGAUAUUCCCUCUGAGAGGUCCUUUCCCUCCUCAUCAGCUUCAGGAUCCACAAGCCAUGCAAGGGCCCGUCGGCAUCAGACCCAUGGGGAUCAACCACAAUGCCCUUCAUCACCACCCCGUAACCACUCCCGGAAAUGGUUGUGGGAAGCAAACAAGAUGGGUCUGAUGCGGGUCAAGGUGGAUCGGCCACCAGACAUGGACAUGGCCAUGGCCAUGUCGAUGGAAGAGAUAAUGGGAAAUGAAGGGACAAGAAGAAGUAUCCGAACAAAAGUUGCUUGUGUUGAUAUUUAGGAUCUAUGCUUCUCUUCUGGGUCCUAGCUAGAAAGUUAUCCACAACGUGGUGGUAGUCUCUAGGGUUUUUGAAAAUGACGGUCGAGGACUAGGAGGAUGUGAAAUCUGUAACGUUUUGUUGUAUGGUUUAAUUAGAACCGGUUCGGUUUGGUGCAUGAACCGGUUUAGGAUUCAUGUCAAUUCAUCCACUUGGGGUAAUGCUGCGGGAAAUGGGUUUUUAUGAUGACAACGAGGUUUUAGAAUUUAGUUGGAUUUUGAUGAUUCUACAUUUUCUCCGAUGGAAAAAAAAAGUAGCGGUUGAAUG